UUUAUUUUGCAGGUACUUUUAUUUAUUUAUUUUAUUUGUUCUGGCCAUAAUAUUUAAAAUUUUCCAAUCUUCUCCUUGGUUGAUGAGUGGUGGAUAUUUUGCAGGUUCAUGAUGCUGUCUUGGAGAAAUGUUGCCGAUAUGCAGUUAAUUCAUUAGGGACAGAAAAUACUCAAGAUGUUCAAUAAACAUAUGAGAUUGAUACACAAGAUAUUUGAUAAACAGAUGAGAUUGAUACAUGACAUGUGAUUUGAUAGAUGUAACCUUACUAAAUGAGCCGUCCUAUUUUGGGUAGUUAAUUAUGAGAAGCGUAUAUUUUUUAAUUAUAUGCAAGUAAAAAUUAUAAUCAAGGAAGCAGGGGAAAUUAAAAUAUGCUCCUGUGACUAUUGUGAUGUUACCACUCUACAGUUAUUUUUUAAGGUUACCACAAAGGUGGUUGAAGAUGUUAUUUUUAGUUGACAACAGAGUGAUGGUUAAUAUUGUUGUUUCUAUAUUUGAUUCUGAGAUUUUCCUAUGGAACUGUGGGUUGAGUUAGUUUUUUCUGAAUUGCAAAGAGCUAAGAGGGCUUUGGGUGACACUAUUGCCAGGGUAAUGGCAACUGUUACAAGGUCAAUGCACAACAAUGGGAACUAUUGCAACACUGUGAAUCUCGAGGAUGCUGCUUUGUACAAGGGCCGACUUGAGAGAUUCUUCAUGGACCUGCGUGCUGAUCUACAAUCUCCAAUGCUACCCAUUAUUCAGGUGGCAUUGGCAUCAGGACAGGGACUUUAUAUUGAGAAAGUGAGAGAAGCUCAAUCGGAAAUACAUCUUGCCCAUGUAAAAUGUGUGGAUGCUAAGGGACUGCAGCUAGAACCAGAUCAUCUACACCUUACCACUCAAACCGAGGUUCAACUAGGCAAGAUGUUGGCCGAUGCAUUCCUCCACACUCUGCCCAUCCCACUCCAGAGUAAUGCCCCCAAAACAUCUCACAAUUGAUUUUUUUUUUUUUUUUUUUCCUCGUGUUUAGAUAUUUGAACUUCAUAGUUGAAGAGGAUAUCAGUUGAUUGUACUAACUUAUUAAUCAGGGCCAAAAUAUUGGCUAAAGAGUAUAUCAUGCAAUGAAAUUUUGUCCA